UGCUGAUAAUUGGCGCGUUCCGCUCGUUUUAGCGCCACAAUUGCACUCGCGCCAACUAUGUCCUUGCUCAAGGUGGUGCAGCCGCUGUUCUGGUUCUCGAAGCCGCUCGGCGUCCUGCCGCUCACCUUCCGCGACGGACGCUUCCUGGUCAGCAAACUCAGCCUGCUGUACACCGCGUGCGGCGUCGCGUGCUUCGUGAUCGGCGGCUACGGCAGAACGCUGAAAAAUACUCUGAAACUGUUCUCCAAACCGAUCGAAGGGAACGAAAUCCUGACGUUUGUGUCCAGCAGCAUUGUCAACAUUUUCGGACUCUUGAACAUUUACUACUCGGUAGUAUGCGCCAAGAAGCUGAGCCACAUGUUCAACGAGUUGAACGUCUUGAUGAGAAGCACGAGAAAUUUGUCUUACAUGGAGUCGGCCCUGAUGGUGAAGACUAUCGUGAUUGUCCUGCAGAUAUUUGUCUUCUUCAACUACAUGUUUAUAUCGAUCCUCCAAACAGGUCUGGAUUACGUGGAGCUGUUCAAGGCGACGACGCGCAUCCUCAGUUUGACCAGCAUCACAUGCAUCAGCACCCAUUUCUGCGCCUUGUGCCUCGUUCUGCGAUCUCUGAUCAAGUCAAUGAACUCCGAGUUAGAGCAGACGCUGUCGUCGUGCUCGGCGAGUAACCUGCAGUCGGCGGAAAAAACGCUCCACGUGCGAAUGUUGCGAUACAGAUACGUGUACGCCAAGAUCUUCGACGUCUGCUCCGACAUGAACAAUCUUUUCGGCAUUUUCAUCCUGCUCGCCCUGACGCAGUACAACAUUUACAUUCACGUGGAGGUGUUUGACAUCGUCAGCUUGCUGAUCGAUUUCAACAUUAAAUCUAACAGCGAGUGGACCGUCGAGCACACCAGAUCUCUCAUUUGGGCUUUGGUCAACGUCAUGAAGAUCAUGUCGCACUUUGUUUGCUGCUCGUUGGUCAUCUCUGAGACGAAAAAGACCGGCACGAUUUCGAGCAAGUAUCUGGCCAGGCUGCCUCGCGGGGCUGCGCUCGAGUCGUCUGCCUCCGCGUGCACAGUCAACACGCUCAUCCUCAUUCAGUCGUACGUCAACAACCACCCAGACGCAGGCAUCGUCACGGGCACCGAAUGA